AUGGUUGUCGUCGCUGUCGCCGGAGGCACUGGUGGAGUUGGUCAGACCGUGUUGGAUGCCAUCGCAAAGUCAGGUAAACACAAAGCUAUUGUGUUGUCAAGGAGUGGCGGAGCUACCGGUGCAGCAGACGAGCCAAGACGAUAUGCUAUGGAUUACGGCAAUGUAGAACAGAUGAAAAGCAUCCUACAGGAAAACAAUGUCGAAGUUAUCGUGUCUGCUUUGCUUUUAUCGGAUGAAGAAGUUGCGAAGUCACAGAUCAAUUUGAUUAGAGCUGCUGCCCAGUCAGGAACAGUGACCAAAUUCAUCCCUAGCGAGUACUAUAUCGACUUUCAUGCUCCCAUUCCGGGAUCUGACUUGUUCACCAAUUUUCAAAUUGAGGCUGAGGAAGAGCUUAAGAAUCACCCGCAGUUGACUUGGACACUCAUUAGGGUUGGAAUCUUCCUCGACCAUCUCACUAUGCCAUAUAACCCGAAACCAACUUAUAUCACCCCAUAUUGGGUUUUUGUUGACAUUGAUCAUGAGGAAUGUGUCUUUCCUGGUGAUGGCUCACAACCACUCGUCCUGACACAUUCAACGGAUCUUGCAGCGUAUAUCGAGCGUUUAGUAGGACUCCCAGCAGACGCCUGGCCACGUGAAUCCCUGGUUGCAUCAAACAAGCUUCAAGUUAAAGACCUCUUAGAACUGGUCAAGAAAACUACAGGGAAGGACUUUAAAGUCACAUACGAUUCAAUAGAAUCAAUUCACAAAGGCCAGAUCACGCCUUUGACCUCUAACCGGCCUGUAUUUGAUGACCCGGUAAAAGGUAAAUUGUUUCAAGAGGUUGAGACUCAAGUUAUGCUUUCGAUGUUGAGCGGCGCGCACGACUUGCCAGGGAAGAACCUUUCUGAACUCUUUCCAGAGGUUCAGGUGACCAAUAUUGAAGAUUUUCUUAGAGCAGGCUGGGAAUUGAAGCAAGGCCUUAAGCGGUAA